CCCGCGGGCACUCGCCGCAAAAGCAGCGGGGGCGAAGGGAACUUCGCUCGGCGGGGAGGAAACCGGCUUUUCAGGCCCUGCUAGCGCGGAUGUGGCAAUUUCCCCCUCCCCCUUUUUUUUUCUUUUUGCCGACUCGACUGUUGCAGGCAACCCCGCAUGGGAGACGGUGAUGAGGAUGGCUCAGAAGGUCUCGAGCAGCGCGGCGGAAACUUUCCCCUGAGCAGCCUCGGGACGGCGGAGGGAAGGACGGUGCCAAGAAGGACGGCGCUCCGAUGGACGACGGCCUCUCCAUCAACUAUGAGCCCCAGCCUUCCUCGGGGCAAGUCUUUAAGGUUUACAAGCGGCGCUGGUUUAUCCUGACGGCCGUCUGCGUGGUGAAUUGCUCCAAUGCGAUGCUAUGGUUGACCUUUGCUCCAGUGGCUGACAUAACAGCUGAACGAUUCCAUACCUCACUGGAUAUGGUCAAUUGGCUCUCCAUUGUGUACUUUGUGGUAUCGGUUCCUGUGGGGCUUCUAGCAAUAUGGAUUCUGGACACCAUUGGACUCAGAUGUGCUGUGCUACUCUGCGCCUGGCUCAAUAUGGUGGGCAGCAUCAUUCGUGUUUUCAGUGUUAUUGAUAGCCUGAGCUUAGGCUCCUUAAACUACGUCUACCUUCUUAUAGGACAGUGCCUCUGUGCUGGGGCCCAGCCACUCAUCAUCUUUGCACCAACCAAGCUAGCAGCCCUAUGGUUCCCUGAAGACCAACGAGCCACAGCCAAUAUGAUUGCCUCUAUGUCCAAUCCAUUGGGCAUGCUUAUAGUUAACCUAUUGUCACCGACAAUUGCUCCAGAAGCGAAAGAUAUCCCUUUACUGAUUGGGGUGUCUGCAGCGCCUGCCAUCCUUGGCUGCCUCAUGUCCACCCUCGGUGUUUGCAGUAGUAUUCCCCCAACUCCACCGUCAGCAAGUGCCGAUCACUUAAAUUCACCAACUUUCUGUGAAGGUUUGAAAAUGCUCAUCCGAAAUAAGCCUUACCUCAUCCUGGCUCUCUGCUUUGCCACGGGGAUAGCACUGUUCACAUGUCUCAGUGCUGUGUUGGAACAGAUCCUGUGCGUCAAUGGAUAUUCCGAUUUUUUUGCAGGUUUGACCGGAGCCUUGUUCAUUAUAUUUGGGCUCAUUGGUGCCUUUUUCCUUGGACUAUAUGUAGAUAGGACAAAGAAGUUUACAGAAACUACCAAAAUCAGUUUUGUUCUAUCUUCUUUGACUUGCAUUGGAUUUGCAGUGGUAUCUCAGAUGAGAGAACAAACAUACGCUGUGGCCAUAUUCAGCAGUCUUUUUGGGCUUUUUGGAUUUUCUAUCUAUCCCAUCGCGAUGGAACUAAACGUUGAAUGCUCUUAUCCUGUAGGAGAAGGAACAUCAUCUGGGAUCAUUUUUGUGAUCAGCCAGAUCCUAGGAGUUCUCUUCAUACUACUCUUCCAGAAUUUGGCUGUGGAAAAAAAGAAUGCCCCUUUCUCUACCUGUGCUCCAUCCCUAGGUCCACCAAUGGAUUGGUCAAAUGCAACACUAGUGAUGGCUGGAAUCAGCACUAUGGUAUCCUGUCUCUUUGUCAUUACAUUUCACACUAAUUACAAGAGGAUCUCUGCAGAAACAUCUCAAAGCUCUUCCACCAGCAAAACAGAAGAUGAGGAUCUUGUAGUAACAGCAUGAGAUGGAAUAUUUCUAAAUCAACUCUGGACUAAGCCAUAUGCCUUAAAAUCAGUUGACAUCUCAGACACCUCAAGUGCCAUAAACUCAAUAAAUUAUAACUUUGUGAUAAUUGACUGUAAAACAUUGGUUCUUUUUAUUCCUUCUGAUAGUUGAAUGACAUGGAAGCAUUUCAAAGAGCCCCAUCUUCUUCCAAAAGGAAGACAUCAGUAUGAUUAAGGAAACCUCGAGGGAGGGAGGAAGGUUGGUCAGGAUGUAAAUGCUAAGCUGUUGCAUUGUCUUAAUGGAGAACAAACGGACAAUAUUGGGAGCAGGGAGAGAAAAGGAAAAUAGAUAUUCAUAAAUAUUCGUAGAGGAGAGAAGACUGAACUAUGCUCUGUGCUAAUAGGCAGCUUCAUUCGUUGCCAUUAUUGGAGACACUUUUUCAGAUUUUCACUUAAAUAGAACUUAAUCUUAGGCAAUGGUGCUAAAUUGCAGCAAAGUUCUGGGUAAUCACUCCUUUUCUUCCUAGAAAGCUGUGUAGAGGUUUGGGUUCACUCUGGAGAGUAUAGAAUUUGUUUGGCUCCACUUUGCACUAUACCAAAGUUUAUGGUUUAGUAUGAUUUAUGUACUUGGCUAAUUGUUGCAAAGGAAGCAGAUGCUUGAAGCAGCAAAAUAUUUCAGGUCUUCCACCACACCUCGUGUCCAGGAUGGUUCAAUGGGAGCAUCUACGUGCAACUGAUAUACUUGUUAUGAAGGGCAGAAUUUGGCUGUGAGGCUGGGUAUGUACUGUUUGAGAAAUACCAUCCCAACCAUGGAACUAAUAAUCUUAUGAAAACUUCAUGGAUUGCAGAAGAACCAUCAACACAUCUAGCUAUGGGAUAUUAUUUGAUGGGACAGUGGAAGGGAACAAAACGGAAGAGCUCUGAACAAGUAGCCCUAUGCCGCUCAUUAUUUGUUACAGAUCAUUUGUUACAGAACUUACUUGAAGUGUUUUGAAUUAUAAAUGGAGUUCAAGAGUUCUGUUUAAUUAAACCAAGUAGAACAUGGGGGAGGCCAAUGUAUAAUAUCUCCUAUGAACAUAAUCUUAUGGAUAGGCUUUAGAAGAGUACAUGCAUUUAUUUGCUCAUGAUUGUCUUUUACCUAUUUUGACCAAUUAGAUGAAGGGUGCUUAUGUCUGUUCCUGCGGCAUAAAAACACAAUGGACAAGCAUAACUAGGUACAACAGAAAUGUAACUGUUAUAUUUGUAACAGAAAAUUCUAGGCAUAUCCAGUAGUCACAAUGUACUUGAUACAGAAUACUUUAAAUCAAUGCAAAAUAUACAAUCAAAAUGCAACCAAACAUAAAUACAUAGCAAAAAUAUAUACAGAUCUCUCUUAAGGUUAUACCCUGAAGACAAACAUAUUUAAAUAUCGAAAUGAAAAAAAAAGCAUAACCUUAUAAAUAAUGUUUACAGUCAUUGCAUUUCAGGAUUGCUACUUCAAAGACAAGAAAAGGAGUUUGCAAGGCAGAUUAAGUAGAAAACUAGGCACACCACAAAACUAAUACAGAAGAAACAAGUAAACAAGUUGAUGUGCAUUGCUAGCUUCUGUUUAAGCACACUGUGGGGACACUCUCCUAAUUAUUAGAAUUUCACUAUUGUUUGGGAGCAAGUUGUUAAGCGCAUAUAUUGCAAAAAGCAAGCACGGCACGCUACUCCUUUGGCCACACAUAAUUUGUAUAUUAGAAGUAGGCCUUUGCCACAAAAUCUUGCUCAGCUUAAUGAAUAAAGUUCAAUGCAUUAACCUCAUAGUUUUCAAAGGCAGGCCCCCUUCUGUGCCAUCUUUUAGACAAUGAAUACCUAAAUGUUUCACACUGCCACUCUGUGGGAUCAAGUGACUGAGUCACUAAUCCAAUGCUGAUGUCAGCAAAGGCCUAUCACAACCUCUCUUCUAAAGCAAGGCAGCUCAGGGGGAAGUGGGAUGGAGGGGGAAAAAUUGAGGAGGUUCAAAUUUCACAGCAAUUUCAAUGGGUGCCAAGUCCAACUGGCGCCAUGAGAAAGUGUGUUUGACGGACUGCUGCAAAACUUAAAAUCUUUCUCUAAAACUUUCUUGGCCUCCCAUUUUGAAUGAGGGUAAGCGCACUCCAUCCACCUGAGGAUCUCUCUGUGUGUCAACCGCAGGGGCAUACCCAGUUAGAAAAUAUUUUAUGCUUCAGUUGAAGUUGAGAAUAGCACAGCAGUGAUCAGUUGUGUAUUAGGUAUAUUCAAAGGCAUCCCCUCUGAUCCAAUUCUUUUAAAAUGGCAAUCAUAUCCCCUGAACUACUUUAUUAGUCGUCAUCUUUUUCGGAACUGGCUUACCAGUAAUUCCUUUUCAAAGUCAUUGAACCCUACUUGACCGAGGAGGACGGUAGAGAUCUCCAGGAGGAAACUAUCAGCUUGUCUGUUCCGAAAAGUCUUUUGAGUCAAGAUAGUUAAACUGCGGUACAAAAUAUAUAACUGAAUCUUCAGGCAACAUGGAAAAUAGAGGCUUACUUGGUUACCGAUUAUAGCAAUCAAAGUGAAUUUUUUUUAAAGCUAAGUAAAUAUAUAAUUCAGUUUAGAAAAAACUGAAUGAUGCAAAAGCAAAGCCAUGGAAAGACUCCUUUUUGCCUGUUUGAUCAGGAAAAUAAUCUUUCCAAGUGAUUUCUGGCUGGGGAAUUCUGGGAGUUGAAGUCUACAAGUCUUAGAGUUGCCAUAUUUGGAGACCCCUGGAUUAAACCAUCUGAGCUUGCUACAAUUAACCCAUACAAUUUUCUUAAUUUUCUUGGAAACCUUUUUCUUGGAUCAAAGAUUGAGAAAUAUAAAUGCUUAAAGGUCCCAUCCCCCCUAAAAUAUCAGUGUAAGAUGGUCCUUUGUUCUGAAAAACUUUACAGACACUUUUGGGAGUAUAUAAAACCCUAACCCUAAAACAGGCUUAUAGUUUCUUUAUUUUGGUCACUGACCAGCAAAACAGUUUUGAAAAUAGGAUUAUAGCUAUCCUGUUGCAAUAAUAAUCCAAGCUAUCUACAAUAAAAUUAACUAAAUUUUCAAUUGCUACCAAGUGAUUUACAUUGCACAGUUUGUUCUGUAUAAGAUGUUGUGACAAAAGAAACAAAAGUGACAUCGAUUUUUUUUCUUACCUAGAAUUUUAGCAAGUAAUUUUUCUUUUGCCUUUAUAUAAUAGAAGUCAAUGCAUUUUAGAUACCUUUUAUGUUAAUUACAAAAUAGUGAACAGCAUUGUUUUUGUGUCUUCUUUACAUUUUUGCUUUGGUGCAGAACAAGUUAGGAUUCUCACUCAUUUCUUGAACAAAUAUUUAUUUAAGCCUGCCAGUUUGGCUUAUAAAAAUUUACACAUCUGAUAUUCUUGCAUCAAGCUUGUUCCUUACUUCUACAGAUAAAGGCAG